AUGAUUAAUUUUCAGGUGCUCGUCAGCCAUAAAUACCCGAUCUAUGGGAUUUUGGGUGUUUUGGUACACAUAGUAGGGAGAAGGCUGUGCGUUCCGGCGAUAACGGGGGGUAUAGGAGCCGGUAAGUCGACGCUGGGUAAAUACCUGUCCGAGAACGGGUUUUAUGUAAUCGACUCAGACUCGAUAGGACGUCAGUUUCUGGUGUCCGGGACGGCUGGAUACAGGAAUCUCGUCAAGAACUUCGGGGAGUGCAUCUUGUCACCUGACGGAGAAAUAGACAAGGCAGUGCUGAGGGAGAUGGUAUACAGCGAUCCGGCGAAAAGGAAGCUGCUCAACAAGUGCCUGCACAAGUAUAUCAUCUCAAAAAUCGUUUGGGAUGUUGUAAAAUAUAGAAUACUUUCGUGGAAGAGUCUAAUAGUCAUCGAGGUCCCACUGCUCUAUGAGACGCACCUCUCCUGGGUGUGUGGGCCCAUAAUAGUGUGCUCGGCGAGCGAGGAAACGAGGCUGCAGAGGUGCCAGAGGCGCAACUCUGAAAUUCCGAAGAACACGUACUUGAACAUCAUGAAAUGUGGUAAUCGAGAACGAGUCCACGAUAGAGGAGUACCACAGGAGCGCGGAGAAGCUGAUGAGGGAGUAUCUGCUGUAAGGGCGACUGCGCGAGCCCUAAUCUCGUACAAAUAA